AAUGACAAACUUCUUUAAGAAAGACAAUUUUUCUUCCUUUAUUAAUUAAAAAUUAAAACGAAAACAACAUUUACAGCAAAAAUAUAUUCAAUAACAACUCACUCGCUAGUAAUACUAUCAAUGUGUUAAUAAGUAUUGAACAACUAAGGUAUAGAGAAACGAAAAAAGUGUAUUUAAAAUGGGUUUGUGCAAGUGUCCAAAAAGACAAGUUACGAAUCAGUUUUGUUUUGAACAUCGAGUAAAUGUUUGCGAACAUUGUAUGGUUCAGAGUCAUCCAAAGUGCAUAGUCCAGUCAUAUCUGCAGUGGCUCAGAGAUAGUGAUUAUGUGUCCAAUUGUACUCUAUGCUCCACGGGUUUGGAGGAAGGUGAAUGCGUGCGAUUGGUGUGUUAUCAUGUAUUUCAUUGGGACUGUUUAAAUGCCCGUCAGGGUGCAUUACCGGCAAACACAGCGCCUCGGGGACAUCAAUGCCCUGUAUGUGAUACUGAGAUUUUUCCGACUUCAAAUCUAGUUUCUCCCAUUGCAGAAGCCCUUAAGCAGAAAUUAUCUCAAGCAAAUUGGGGUCGCAAUGGCCUAGGUUUGGCUUUGUUAAGCGAUGAAUCUGCAUCAAAUCCUAAAAUCCUUUCCAAUGUCUCAUCCUCCAUACCACCCGGCAUGACAAAAGUCCAUCACAGUAAUCAAAAUAGCAGUAACAGUUCGGUAGAACGUUCCAAAGCUAAUAAUGGUGGAGUUUUUGCCAACACCACAAUGAAAAAUGAUAGUCCACAUUCCGUUUUGCUUAUGGAUGCAUUUAACCCGCCUUCAGGCAAUGAUAUACAUGCCAGCAGUCGUCGCCCUUUGCUGCCUAGGCAAUCGCCCAUAGGAGGCUCGGAUCGGGAUGAAAAUAAAUAUGCCAGACGCACGCCAGCGGAAAUCUUCUCCCGUUGGUCCAGAAGAUUCUAUGCACCCUCGUCUCGACCUCCUUGGAGACGCACAUGGUUCUUAGUACUAAGUGGUGUCUUAGCUUUUGUGGUACUCAUCUAUUUAAUGGCAGUCUUUGGUCGUGGAGGUUCACAAGACUCAAUGGAUAGUGGUUGGGAAAAUCCCAAUCCACAACCACAGAAAAUUCUUCAUUAUGAGUAAAUGCCAUUUUGUCAUUUACAUUGAGAAAAAAUUAUACAAUAUCCUUAUUUUUUAAA